AUGGGAGUAGCAUUAUGGUUGUGUCCCAAAUCGAAUUCUCAGAUCUACGAUAAGUUAAAUGAUGCAGCCAAGGCCAAGGAUGAUGUUGAUAGAAUUUUAUCCGCUAGUGCAGUUGCACUACAAUCAUUGCCUAAGGGCCAUUCCCCAUUGAUAAAGUUGGGUAAAAUAGAUAGUCAACGGAAAUUUUUUCAGAAGCUAUAUUUCGAGGUAUUGCCCGACCCAAAUCUCAUAUCAUUUGCCCGAAUUAUUCGAGAAAUAUUUGUGAUCACUCCCGAAGAUAUUGAGGCAGAAAAUAGAAAACAAAAUCCCCACUUGUAUACUACAGAUAGCCAUGGAACUGUAGUUAGACGGAAAUUGCUGAAGUCAAAGAAGAAACACUCUAGUCGACAGUCUGAAGAAACACCAGUGAAGGAAUUUGAUACUGAAGAGAUUCGUCGAAGGGCAUCAUACAAGGCUGCAGAGUGGGUAGAGAAGGAGUAUCAACCUCAUUUAUCGCUUGCUUAUAGCAAUCUUUGGCCAAUUGAUAAUGCAUUGUGGCGCACAAUUCGCACCAGAGUUUCGGACCAUCUCGGUGUUGAUGACGUCGAAGAAGGAUUACAGGACAAAGGGUUUGGAUGGGAUCUUGGCGUAUUGAAAUUGGUGCUUUGCGAAGGCGAUGUCAGUGAAUGGAUUGUUCUAGGCAGUGUUGAUGUGCAUUAG